GUUCUCGACGAAGCUGAUCGGUUACUGGAACCCAUGUUUUGAAUCAGAUCUGGGCACCAUAUUCGGCUCUCUUCCCCAAAAGAGACAAACCCUCCUGUUCAGUGCAACUCUGACUGAUACGAUAGAACAGUUGAAAUCCAUGUCUGCUACUGCCCCACACGUGUACCUGUGGACCUUACUGAUAUCGCUACUGUAGAGACGUUGAAACAGCACUACAUGCUGGUGCCGGAGCUGAUGCGUAACACCGCGCUAGCACACACCUUACAGACACGUGUAGGAGAGGAAACGUGCAUUGUUUUUACACAUUCUUGUAAAUCCGCGCAGAUCCUCACCAUCGGACUCAAGAAACUCGGUUUCCCUUGCACGGCACUACAUUCUCAGAUGAACCAAAACUUGCGGCUCUCUUCCCUCGCCAAAUUCAAGUGUGGUGUUGUGAAGAUACUCGUAGCUACUGAUGUUGCUAGCAGAGGUUUGGAUAUUCCGACAGUCUCAUACGUAGUGAAUUACAACACUCCCUCUGCGCCAACAGACUACAUCCACCGUGUGGGCCGAACUGCACGUGCAGGUGCCGGUGGCUGCGCGGUCACUAUCAUAACACAGUACGACAUUGAACGACUUCAAGCCAUCGAAGCUGCCAUUGGCACACAAUUAGAAGAAACAACCAUGUCGGACGAGGAAUCUGUCAAGAUCCUCCAACCAGUCUCCCUAGCCAUGAGGGAAGCACUCCUUCAUCUGGAUACUCACGAUUUUGGGGAAAACAAAGCUAGAAACAAACGGAAAUCUGACAAAAACGGUGCUAACUCUCCCGAGCCAUUGAAGAAGAGGAAGAAAAAUAAGAAGAUGGACGAAAAUUCAAAUAGAGGAAGUAAACAGAAGCGAACAGAAUUUAAUUCACUGUCGAACUUGAAAUCAAAUAAAGUUAAACCUGAUGCAAUUGCAAGGACGGGAAGUUCAAAGAUUUAAAAAAUCUAAAUCAGCUGUCCGGAAAUCGAAGAAGAAAAUAAAGAUGAAAAUUGUAGAGUCUUGGAUUUUAAAAUUACUUUGGGCAAUUGAGAUUUAAUUAUUAUAACUGUAUCAAGCUCAACCUAUUAUCUUUCAGUUUCCAGUUUUAUAAAUUCCAAAACAGCUUUCUGAUCUUCGUUUCGAUAAUAGGCCAGAACUAUUACAAAUAAACAAUCGUGCACAUAAAUUUCACAACUACAAUUAAAUUUAUUUAUUGAGGACGUUACAGAAGGAAUAUAUUUAAUUUUAAUUUUAAUGCAGUUUAACUUUAA